UUCUGCGAGAGAGAGCAACACUUCCCGCGCAGCUCGCCUCAGUCUCCGGCCAGCAGACCAAGUUGGAUAUCGGUUGUCGCAUGUGUGAAUUGACCGAGUGCUGCAGCAGUCUGUGAGGUAGCCAAAAGAAGCGCUUACAUCAUUUCGAAGAAACUAUUACAGAACAAGUGCUCAAGUUUGUGACUGUGUGUUUCUGUAUCAGAUAUUGUCGGUUUUAAUCUGAAAUAUCGGGACUCUUUUAUCAUCAUUAGGUGUGAUAAAACCCCUGGAAUGUGUCAAGGAUGACGACAGAGGUCGCGGGGAACCCGUUGGCGGGCCACACGGUCCUUACAGCCCGCCAUUACGAAGCGGGUCCACCAGCCAACGCUUCACUCGACGUUGUUGACCCUGACAGCACCUACGCAACCACAAAAGAAGAAGAAUGGAUAACGAAGAAGAAGACGGAGUUGACGACGACGCGUCAAAUAGAGACGCGCGUCAAGCGGCAAGUGGUGCUGGAAGAUGGGAAGGUGGUGGGAGACUCUGGCCCUAUUGUCACCACCAACACAACGGAGGACACAGAGACUCAGGAGCACAAACAGACAGAGCACCGAAAGACGGACGAUGACCCUCCAGGACCGGAAUGGGUUGCGGUCCCGGGUCCCGCUGGGAUGGUGAAGGAAGUAAAGGAACGCAAAGUGAAGAGUCGGGAGGAGCGAGAAGAACGCCUCGAGACAGAGGACAUUCAGCAUUUGGGUGACCUCACCGAUGAGGCGUACCAGACAGCCGUCCAGAAUCAAUUGGACGUGCGGGAAGCACUUCGGUCUGCGAGUCCUCAACUUGACGAGACCAAGAAAGUCGUGAGCUCAACCCCUAAAGUGGUUCACCAGUCCAGCAAGAGUCGCAAGGUCGUUGACACUGAAGACACCGAGGAACUAAGUCAGGUACAAGGAGACGGACGCCUCGUGACUGAAACACGGCGGACCAGAGAACACGAGGAGGUCCGAGACAAAGAGGAGCCUGAUGAAACGGGCAGCCACAGCGAAGAAGAAGAAACCCGACGAGAGAGCUCUCAUCGUUUUGUUAAAAGUAAGGACCAGGACUUAGUCGAGUACAUAGCUGAUGGUGUCAAAAUCGGCGAAGAAAUGAGGUACGUCGCCGAAAACUUGGAGGGAGAGCGCCACGGGGAUCCUGCAGACAUGGCAGACCACCAGGAAUGGGACAGUUUAUCAACACGAAUUAGAAGAAUGCGGAGACAAGGCACGAAGCCUCACCACACGAAAGGAAUACCUUCUACGGGAGAUCCUCUGGGUGCCGCCCCACUUCCAAUCGACCGUAAAGAUGCUCUGACAAAGAAACCUUUGGAUUUCGACCAAGAGGAAGAAACAAGAAAAGUUGAGACUUCCAAAUGGCUGGAGCAUCAUUUUGGGAGUGAUUCGCGUUCUUCUAAAGAUUCCAUCGAUGACGAUGAACUUCCAUCAGCACCACCUGGCGGCAGGACCAGUUACAUCAAUGUGACGAUGACAUCACGUCCUAUCAACAGCAACAGGGCUGCAUCAACACGAUUGGCGACUCCAGUGUCUUCCGCGUCACCAACUACUUACACAGCCACGGUCAACACAUCUUCCAGGAUAUUCUUAUCGCCACCAGACACGGCUCCUGCAAACGCAUUUUUCCAAGGAGUAAACGAAUGGUCUGAGCGUCGGAACGACGUCAAAGAGAUUAGAAAAACUUUCACAUCUGUCACUCCCCAGCGUCCUGACCGCAUUCAGGUGCUCCCCUCAGGUCCUAAUCACACCUUUAACCAAAAGAACAAAGGGGAGGUCUCUUCACCACACAGUAGCAAUAAUCAUCUCGAUAGAAUGUCACCACAUCCAAUCACAAAUCACAUCUCUGACAGAUCAUCGCCGUUCCAAUCAACGGCACAACACAGUACAAACAGGACAGCAGCGCAUGAGAGUAGCAGUUUCUUAUCAACCGAACGUAAAGCUUCAUCGCACCAUAAGCUGAAUAAUGGAAGACGUUCGCCUCAUCAGCAGAAAACGCCAGAGAGGAUGUCUCCAUAUGAGAGUUACAACAAUAGCGUUCGGCCGGAAGGGAGAGGGGAGUCUCCUAAUGGGUUUUCGAGUAUGGAUAGGGCCCCAUCGCCCUACCUCCAAAAGACAUCUUCGCGAACCGAAUACGCGUACAAUGAUAUGACAACGACUGUCUCUCACGAAGAGGAUGACAGAGCUCAGUCUCCACAGCCACCAUAUAGGAGGCGCCAUGUCGUUUCCGAAGACGAGGAGCAUGCUAACCGGUUCGAGAGGGACAGCUCCUACCGCCGUCGCGAGCACAACAAAGGAACGGAGCCAUCCUCGGACUACUCUCCGCCCCAGAUGAAUGCUAACAGAGCCUCGCCGUCUCCUUCCCCAUCCCCUACUUUGGAUCAUCCUCCAGGGACACGAGACACCCCUCCUCCGAACAAGAAGUUGUAUCAGCGGACACGGUUCGCAGCCGACAUCCCGCCACCUCCUGCCCGCCAACGUGCGAAGUCGCCAGGACAAAGCGCCACGUCUAUCAUUGGCGAAUCUUUCCGAAAACUUGUCGACAAGUUCCGAUCUUCCAGUUCCGAGAGGAAGAACAAACGUCGCAAUAAGAGACAGUCUCGGUCACCUUCCCCGCAUCACCCUCACACUAGCUCCACCUAUCAGCAGUACCACGUCAUUGAUAGCAACAUUCCUUCCGUGGUGGGGCCCGGCAAGUCAUCGCGAGUGGGACGGCGCGGGGGCGAGUCCCCAAACGAGGCCGAGCGAGGCAGCGAGGCAGCCGAAGGCGGGGAAAGUCAACCAGUUGCUCCGCGAAGAUCUACCAGAGUUAGUCGAGGCGGGAGUGACACGAGAGAGUGCAGCACGCAGACCGGACGACAGGAGAAUAACGAAGAGUCCGUCGGCAUGGACUACCAUCGGAGAGGUACAUCUCCUGUGGUACAGAGGUUUUACCUGGGGGAGGAUCCUUUCGGGGGCAGUAUCUAUGGGCGCGAGAGGGAGUACGAUGGUGUCACGCCCGUCAAAUCUAACAGAAGACACCACAGACAGAAUGGACCUCGCAGGGGCAGUCAUCCGGGAGAAGAAGAAGAUAUGAACAGAACCAGAGUGAGCAGUAACACUUUGGGACGUCUGAGCAAAUCGACGAGUCGCCUGGCGAGUGGGAGCUCUUACAGCCCUAACGGAGAAUUGAGCUCGAAUCGGAAUGCUCAGACGUUGCCGCGGAAGCUUUACGACGAGCGGCUCAAGAAUCAAACAUACAUUCAACGGAACAGCACCUCAAGCGAUUCUCAUCGGUGGGAAUCCAGUCGCCUGAAUCGAAUCAACAAAUCGCAUCAACCUCACUCCAACAGCAUGAUCAACGUCUCUAUAAUCAACAACGUCACCCCUCCUACAUCUUCUAUAGGAAUUAAUAAGCCACUGACCAAUGGGGUAGGUAUCUCUACGUCCACAGGGCCCGCGAAACCUGCUCGCACCUACCGCUCAAAUCUCGCACGCAGUAAGAGUUUCAACGUACACGCCGGAGGAUCGGGCAACACUGAAUCAUCAUCAUCACUGCUUUUGGGGUCCAGAGGUCGAGAUGUGUCUAACGUCUAUAAGUCGAAUCCACACCUGCAUCGGUUAGAUGAGUCUCCGCCACCGCUAAAGAGCCCUGGGAUCUUGGCAAGCAUAAGUCGUAGCCAACGCGACCUUACGGAAUCCUCGAAUCUGGAUAAAGAUGAUAAUGCUUUUGGAAGGAAUAAAGAAUCUUACACGUUCUCUAAAAGUACAAGUAAUUUGGUUAGUAAUGGGUAUGUAAGUAAUAUCCCCUCGACUCAGGAAGCGAAAAAGAAACUCUUCUUGAAGGGUUUAAUGGACAGGGCACCAGAACUAUACAAAACUCUUCAUGGCGAUGAAGAUCCUGAUAUAAAACCACUGUCUGCAAGUCCUGCAGGGCGUCUAUAUAAGAGCACACCCUAUAAAAACGGAAAUUCAAACAACGUAUCUUCAAGUAGAAUCCUCGAUUACAGCAGUUCAUUCCGGUCUUCCGGUAAAAACGCCACUCCUGAAAAUGAUUCCAUGAGAACAGGCCGUAUUUUGUCAUCGCCAUACCGCUCGCCAAUGACGAAUGGCGUAGACCAUGUCACAUCUCCAAAACCAAGCUUCACUAGCACCCUAAACCACACCCCUUCUUUCAGAGAUACAAACAACGGCACAACAACCUCUAUAGUGAGAAGAGGGAGCAUCGGAAGUGAUGACUAUUCGGAAACAGUUCGCAUCACAUCGAAAUCUGAUGACCCCAUGAGACCUAGUGUGACCAACACUGUGCAGAGCUACUCAAAGAAGACCAUCCCGACGAAAAGAGGGCUGUCAACAGAGACCAUUGAAUCCAGUGAGACAAAAACCGUGACUAAGAGCAGGUUGCGGGGUGGAGAUUCAACCCAGAAAGCGAUCCCAUAUUCAAUGACCAAUGGUGGGGGAGGUGUGGUCAUAGAAGUAAGGGCACCUAGGAAAUGAGAUCAGUUGGCUGUUUCAUCGUACUAUUCCUAGACACUAAUUGGAAAAGCAACAUAUCUAACUCAUCAUUAUCUAGAAUGAUUUCCUUCUUUUUUUCUUUCUGAAUUCACCUGACCUGGUUAAUAGUAUGUAUAUCAGGUAAGCUAAUAUUAUACAAUUAACAGAACUGACUCACAUUUAUGCCUUUGAAGUCAGCUGGGAUUCAGUUAGUUCUCUGCAAGUAAGUUUCAUUUUUAUAACGCUUGUGACAUUUCAUAUGACCUUUGCGUGUCUAUUGACAGUAUCAACAGAAACAUUACAGAUCUUGGCUCUUAGUCAUGUUAUUUGCAGCCAGCAAUCUUAAAAAGGCAAUCAUUGAAUUAUCUUGCAAUUAUUGUGGAUCAAAUUGUUUGUUUUCAAUUUGAAAUGGUGCAAUAUCCAUUACUUGUACCCUGGACAUAACAUCAGACACCUGUCUAAGAAUUUGCCAUCAAAUUUCAAAAAUGUUUGUACAUAACAGUUUGUAUUAGUAUGUCAUAAAUAUAUGGCCAAAUACUCAUGACUCAAAUAUUUAUCAUGGGAAAAUCUCAUUUCAUAUUAACUUCUAAAACAAGGUCAUUUAUAUAUUAAAUUCCAUAAUUUUAUCAUCCAAAAAAAUUCUUCAGCAUUUGCAUAUUCAUUUACCACCUAGGAAUAGCGUUUUGUCGUUGCCAAUCCCAUAGAAUUAUAGGAAUAAUUUCACAGUUUGAUUCCUGACAAAGGAAGAUCACACUAACCUAGUUUUUUACUUGUUAGCUUUAGCAACAAGUGUGUGCCAAACACUGUUGAAACAUGUCAAAAUGUGAGAAAUAUGUACAUAUAUAUAAAAUAUGUCAGUAAAUGUAUAGUAUAUAGGAAAGAAUGAUGUAUCAUUAAGAAGCAGAGACUACGAUUACAAACUUCACUCUUACCACUGAAGUACUCUUCAAAUUAAUAUGUAACUGAAUGAAGGAUGAUGGUUGCAUAAUUAUUAUAUAAAUAAUUUUUUGUGUAUGAAUUAAUUAUAAAAAAACUGAUGCUGGUGUGAUGACUUGCAAAAUAAAGCAGUGAAACACAGAACUAUUUACCAUGUAGUGCCCCCUAGAUUUUAGGUGGUUUCCAACAUUUCACAAGGACCAACUGCCUCCUAUCCAGUGAGUGCUACAAGUUGCAUCCCCAGGGUAUAAAUGUCCAAGUGUGAAGGUGAUUUCUCAUCUUCAUUGAGGACCGAGGUUAAAUGUACACGGAGCUUUACUUCCACUCUCCCUAUUGUGUGACACAAGGACAUGGCUGAAGAUGGAUGUACUAUGUUACUGCAGAAUGCCAGAUACCUCCUCCAACGGUAUAAACCGUUACAUCCCAGUACACUUCACCGCAUAAGGUUCUCCAUGACAGCCUCAGAUAUUAUAGAACUAGUUUUUGUUGCUGUGAUUGGAAAUUAAAAUACUGAUUACAUUCAGUAUUACAGUACCAGAAAUUUGUGUGGAAACAUCAGACAUUCAGUAUGUUGUUCAGGUGAAUAAUUAUUUAAAAGAAUUUUAUGACAUGCUCCAGCAUUUCAAGAGACAGUGUAGGCUUUAAUUAUGCCCCACAAAAUUGAAGAUGACAGUUGAAUGCAGUUCCUCGCUUUGAAACCGUGAGAACAUUUUAAUGACAGAAUAGUUGAUUAGUCAUUUACUUAACAAUUCAUAAAUCAGUUACAUCUGGAUUGAAAGAAUGUGAUCAUGUCAGAAUUUUCCAGAAGAAAUGACAUAUUUUAUGCUUCACUUUUGGUAGUCAUAAUUAUUUUAUACAUUCAAAAUUAAGUAAGUGGAAUAUCUGCCUUGCUUUCAGGCUUCCAAUUUUGGAUUUUUUAGUGUUUAGUUUUUGUGUAUAUAAAGGAUCAAUAUAGAAUUCUUAAAAAUAGCCUAUAUAUCAUAUUUAAAUUAACCAAACAUAAUAACUAAUAUUUGCACAGAAAGGAAACCUAAUCAAGCUCGUAUAUCCUUUUUAAUCAUUACAUACUAUGAGAAGUCAUUAAUAAAUUUGAAACUAGGUUCAUCUGCUCUAAUGUACCAUCUUUGCUGCUUCAUAAAUGGUGACUGACACAGGAACAAACAUAAAAAGACUAUUACAAUAUUUCUCAAUAUGUUAUUGUUUUGUGUAAAAGAAGUUACAGGAAACUGUCUCUAUGAUAUUGGCUAACUGUCUUCAAUUACAUUUACUCAGAGAAAAUAUUAAGUUCUAAAUAAAAGUGGAUGUACGAAUAAAGUUACUUAUCACAAAUGUUGCUUAGAAUUAUAAAGAUCACAUCGGAUCAUUCUACGAAUGAGCUGCAUUUAAUAUUCAACUUCCUCUCUAAUUGUUUUGCAAAAAUGUAUAUUAGUAUGCAGUUGUACAAUACCUGCAUCUAAUUCAAAUAAUGCAAGUUCCAGCAAACAUAGGCCUUAUUGUAACCUCCCAUAAACACUACAGUGUUCUGUAUAUUGAGGCGUUAUAUAGGUCUCCUUCGCUGUUUUAACCCUGCCAUACUAUAUAAGAUAAUCAACUGUGUAGCACUUAACAGUAAGUCAUAUUAAAAAAAAAUCUCUGUGUGUUACCUCUCUUGCCUCUCACAGUAAUGAAAGGUAUGUUUGAAACUGUGCCUAGGUAUAAGUUCAGUGAAUAGUAUUAAGACCAUAGAAUGCAAAUAUUGACUACAUUGUCAAGUUUUAAUACACUCUCUUAUUAUCUUCCCCUACACUUUUCAACAUCCUAAAAACCAUCUACAAUUUAAUUACUUAUUCUGUGAAAAAAGCUGUUGAUUACAACCUUCUUUGUUAAUAAAAUUAUUUAUAACUUCUUCAUGAAGAAUUGUAACCAUUAAGAAACGAGCUAUUAAAUUUUGUUUCACGUUUAGAAUCACAUGUACAUUUUUCUGUCAUAGUCAUAAUUAUCAUUUAGUUAUGCUCUGAUGUCACCGCCCAUUCCAUGGACAGAAUUUCUAACAUUAAUUUUUGCAUAAGCUUUCUGAAAUUAAAGAAAAAAGAAAUUUAUACCUAUGAUUUAAAAAUAGUGCAACCUCAGUAUUCUGCACUAACUAGAGCACUGGUGUGUUCAAACUAUCAAGUCAUUCAGAUAACUGAACUUCAAAUAAAAUAUUCAAAUUGUUUAAUAAACUUAUUUUAUUCAGAAGAUAUAUAGGCAUAUAUUAUCCAUGAACAACCAAACAUUAGUAAAAUAUUAUACUAUGUAAAUGUCACCAAUCAUAUAACUUGGUUACAUUUUUUAUCACGUAGAGAGACAGGUUCAUUAGCACAUACUGUGUUUCACAAAAAUUCAUUUUUACUUAAAGGAAGUAAAAUAAUUAGAACAAAUUGUAAUUUUUGGAGGUGAUGUUUUUCUCUGUAAUUCAGUUUGCAUUAACAUGGGUUCAGAUUACCAAAGUUCCACUGUAGUUCACUGUAAUUUACUGGAUUACAUUCUGGCUGUUAAAUGUUUUCUUCAAUAUGCUAUGAAAUGUUCAGUUAGUUAAUUAGGAGAUUAUUCUUGUCAUUAGAAUGGUUUAUGACAGAUUCCUUUGGGUCUGGUAUGUAUGUUCCUGUAAUGUGUAUUAUCUCUAACUGUGUGUACAUUGUUUUGGUUAGUUACUAGGCUUGUAAAGAGAUUUUAAUAGCAGAAAUUUUAAUUGUGUACUGGAUAUUGGUUUCAUCUGAUAAUUAAAUGAUAAUUAUGUCCAUGAUAGAGAAACGGACAUGAAAUAUGACAUAAUUAGUUAUCACUUCAGGACCACAGUUCUUAAGGAAUAAGUUAGAUAAGUUUAUUAAAAAUAAGUAUAUAAUCAGUAGUGUUCGGUAUGAAUUAAACAGUGCCCCAGAGGAUGGCUUAUGAGGAAGUCAAACCAUUGAGGACAAGGUAAUAAAACAUUACAAUAAUAAAACUUGAUAAUGUACUUCUUCGUAGUUGCAUUUUAUGGCAUUAAUAUUAUUCACUGAAACGGAAUACAGUCACGAUAAACUUAAUUUUAAGAUAAGAUAUAAGUUCUUCUAAUAUUUUAGAUGGAGCUUAAAUAUAUUAUUUUCUUAUGACCUGUACUAAUGUAGUAUGUUAAAUAGGUUUAAACGUAAA